GUCAUCAGUCCCUCGAUGAAGCAGACUCUGGCUGACACCCGCAAAAAGUGCGUGAUCGGCUUCGUUGGCGGCUCCGACUUUGUCAAGCAGCAGGAGCAGCUGGGCGAGAACGCCCUCGACAUGUUCGACUUCUGCUUCUCGGAGAACGGCCUGACUGCAUACCGCCAGGGCAAGGAGCUCCCGGGCAACAGCUUCCUGAAGUUCUUGGGCGAGGACCGCUACGCCAGGCUGGUCAACUUCUGCCUGCGCUACAUCGCCGAUCUGGAGCUGCCGCAGAAGCGCGGUACGUUUGUCGAGUUCCGCAAUGGCAUGGUCAACAUCUCACCCAUCGGCCGCAGCUGCACACGCGAGGAGCGCAACAACUACGAAAAGUUCGAUCUGGAGCACAAGAUCCGCGAAAAGUUCGUUGAGGCUCUCGAGAAGGAGUUCCCCGACUACGGCCUCAAGUACUCGAUCGGCGGACAGAUCUCGUUCGACGUGUUCCCCAUUGGCUGGGACAAGACCUACUGCCUGCGUCACAUCAAGGACGAGGGAUUCAAGACCAUCCACUUCUUUGGCGACAAGUCGUUCAAGGGUGGCAACGACUACGAGAUCUACACUCACCCUGAUGUCGCUGGCCACGCCGUCAACAGCCCCGUUGACACCGAGGCUAUCCUCAAGGACCUCUUCAAGCUCUAAGCGCAGCGCAUUCUCUCUCCACACAUAAUGAGCGCAAAAUUCUAUUGGUACAGGUUGAAUAAAUAGUGGUCAUUGCCCCGACA